CUCACACAUCAUUUUAUUCUUGUGGCAGAUACAAGAAAAAUGAUCUGCAAGGGUUUGCUUUUUCUAACUUUGGCAGUAUUCUACGCCAAUGCCAGUUGCGAAAAAAGCGUGGUAGAAUGGACCGGAGGACUUUUUAACUGGCCAUCAGCAACCACCAAGAACAUUUACAAGAAUUCCGGGAGAUACGUCUCAAAGAAUAUUGUCGCCACCAGAGGACAAAUCUUCAAGGAUAGUGCUAUCGUAGCUUUGCCAAGACUCAAACCUGGAGUACCAGUGACUUUGGCUACAAUUGACCUGAGGAAACAGUGUUGUGAAGCCGUAUUGAGGCCUUUCCCAUGCUGGGCCAAUCAAGAAGAAGGUUCCUGCGAAGCCUUGCAAAACGUUGUUGACUUAGUUGUUGAUGCAAACGCGAUCCUCUGGGUUUUGGAUACCGGUGUUGUAAACACAAUGACCAGCAACCCAAUCAGAUUGUGCCCACCUAAAGUAGUGGCCUACAGUCUGUUAACCGGAAAGAAAGUAAAAACUUUGGACUUGUCUGGUUUGGUAGUAUCUGCUUCAAGACUUCAAUACAUCGCUGUAGAAUAUGCUCCAGAUGGUCGCCCAUUCGCUUACGUAAGUGACGCCGCUACCAGAUCCAUUUUGGUAUUCGACAUUGCCGGAAACAAAGGUUACAGAAUUGUGUUGCCAAAGGCCGUCACUGGAUCCAAGAGAGACGUUUUAUACCUUGCCCUUACACACAAAGGAUGCGGGAACAACUUCUUGAUAUUCACAUACUUGUCUGGAAACAGAAUUUACUCCAUCCGCACAGACUACCUUAGAGCAGGAUGCGCUGCCGGUAAAAUCGUCGAUCUUGGUGUGAAAUCCAAGAAAAUCAUCCUUUUGGGAACAGACAACGGUAAAGCACUGUUCUUCAGAAACGAAGGAGAAAGCCAAGUAUACAGAUGGGAUUCUGACAAACCAUUCGUUCCCAGCCAUUUCGAGCUUGUCUUCCAAGGAAACCAAUGCCAAUUGGCCACCCAAGUCAUGCCUGAUAACGCCAGGAACAAGAUUAGGGUUAUGGAAAGUAACUUCCCUGAUUUCAUUCAAGGCACAGUGGGUUGUGGAACUUCCCAUAAGAUCAGUGUUAUGGGUGGUACCAUUGAUCACAAAUCAAAGUAAAUACCUAAUAAAUGUCUUUAUAGACAUGUAAGACUGUGAUAUUAUAAUAAAUAUAAUAAAUUAUGUAUUUUCG